AUGAUAGUGUCGAAGUAUUUCAACACAAUCAAAGACUUCAUCAAGCUUGAGUUGGUAUGCAAGAAGUUUGGUGGUUAUAUGGAAAAGUACAAUUUCAACCCGAUUCCAUUGACUUGCAAAACAUUUAGGUUCUUCCGAAACAUCGAAACACUUCACUUGUGGAAUGAAGAAAAUGAGACCUUUGGCAAUGGAUUUUUGAUCAACAGAAAAGAAAAUAAAGGCACUAAAAUUAAAGAUGUUGCAAAGAAAGUGUUCGUUCAUAUCAUUGUUUGGUUCAGUGUUGAUUUUGAAACUGUUGACAAAAACAAAAGUCGAAAUAUCGAGUUUAAAAGUGUUAAUUACACCGAAAAUGAUAGAAAUAAAUAUGGCAAUAACAUACCACUAAAGGUAACAUCAGUUAGUGAUCGUUGUUUUGAUGGAUGUAUUAAUCUGAGCAGUGUUUUAAUACCAUUGAGUGUUAAAUCCAUUGGUGAUUAUGGUUUCAGUGGAUGUAGCAGUUUGACUAGUAUAAAUAUACCAUCAAGUGUAACAUCAAUUGGUGAUUAUUGUUUCUAUAAUUGUUAUGGUAUGAAAAAUGUUAUAAUACCAUCAAGUGUUGUAUCAUUCGGUGAUUAUUGUUUUAGUGGGUGUAUUAGUGUUAAUAGUGUUAUGAUACCAUUCCGUGUUAAAUCAAUUAAUCAAUAUUCUUUCUGUGGAUGUAGCAGUUUAAGAAGUGUUUCAAUACCAUCUAGUGUUACAUCAAUUGGUGAUAAUUGUUUUUAUAAAUGUACUCGUUUGAGUAGUAUAACAAUACCAUCAAGUGUAACAUCAAUUGGUGAUUAUUGUUUCUUUAAAUGUAUUAGUCUGACAAGUAUUGGAAUACCUCCAAGUAUAAAGUCGAUUGGUGAUUUUUGCUUUAAUGAAUGUAAAAAUAUCAUCAGUGUUUUGAUACCAACUGGUCUUACGUCAAUUGGUAUUCAAUGUUUCUCAACAAACACAAGAAUUUAUCGAGAUUUAUGA